ACUGGGACGGUCCAACACGUUCACCCCAAACAGGGACUUUGAGAGGGUCGAAAUGCCGUCCUUCUUCACCGUGCUGUGCGGUACGAUGGAGCCUGGCCAGUGGACGCUCAGGGUUUUCCAGGACGGAGUACAGGACGCCCGCCAUUACGAACUUCCUCUCGUGGUAUUGCCUUCAUCCGCUGACCUGCCCUCUGACCCCGACCUUCUCCAGAGUAUUGACCUUCUGCAAGGUCUCUGGACUGUCGAGAAGGUCACUCUUCUGCCUUUGAGUGAUUAUUAUGGAGAUUCUCCCAAACUCCCAUCACGUGACUCCAAACGCCCAACCUUAUCACCACGAGAAGAAGACAAAGCAAAGAAACAAGAAAACGAAGAAGAAAAGAGAGAGGAGGAGAAAUUAGAAAAACAAAAAAGAGACAAAGACGAAGAGGCGGAAAAGAAGAAGAAAGAGGAAGAGGAAGAGGAGGAGAAGAAGAAGACGGAGAAGGAAGAAGGAGAAAUAAAAGAGGAGACGAGAGCCCACGUGAAGGACGUUCAUCUCCCUCCAAGGAGUAGGAGGUCAGCUGAGGACGAGCUACACUUCGGGUUCCACCAUGACGACCCCGUGUUCAGCGUGCGUGAGUGGGUCCUCUGCAGCGGCGGCCUCCUCACGACCUCCCUGACGCUGGUCUUCACGUACCACUGGCUCCUCCUGCCGGCGCUGUACGGGGUUCGUCCCUCUCCCAGGAUGCGUCGGUCCGCUCUCCUGGUCCUCAUGGCGAUCCUGAUGCAGAUCGUCGUGUGCGCCCUCUACUGCAGAUGAUCCUGGGCU